UUAAAGAUAACUUGGCUUUUGGCUGGUUUAGAAAGGAAAGUAGAAUUUAUCAUUCAUAUAUGUCUCUCACAAAACUAAAAAAAAAUAUAUGAAAAUUCUAACUUUUAUUGAUGGAUUGAUCGAACUUGUUAGUCAUAUUUUUGGUAUUUACAUUUAAUAUAAGAAUAUUUUUAAAUUAUAUAAAUCAAAUACUAAAAUAUUUUAAAUUGAAUAUAUUUGAUUAUUUAAUCUGAAUAUAUACUUAUCUGCUGUCGAAGAGAAACUGCAUUUAGUCAAGUGGUUAAAUAUUUUAUAUUUGCGGUUUUUCUCGUCAGACUCCACUAAGUCACGUUUUCCCGCAUUAUAGAUCGAUCGAAUCUUGUUGAUCCAACUGGUGACAAAAAAAACAUGGUGUCCCAAAAAUAAAUAUACUCGUAUAUCUUAGUCCUUAGAUAGGAAAAUAAAACCUUCCAGAAGUAUAUAUAUACUCAGACAGUUAACAAAAAAAAGUAUAUGUACUCAGGUAUAUAAGUAAAACUCACUACAUAACACCUACAGCCAGCAAAUAGCUGAUGAACUGAUCCACCAAAAAUUCAGGAAACUUUUAAUUAUUGGACCACGUACGCCUAAAGAGUAAAGAGACAUAACAUAAAAUAUGUCCACUCUAGUAAAUGCUCAAUCUUAUUACCUCAAAAUUCCGAUCAUUUGCACCACAAAGCUUGAAAGAGCCGCCAUAGCCAUCUCCCAAGACUAGUAAUAUUCCAUUGAAAUUUCAAAUCCUAAUUAAGUGAAUUAUUCACAACGGUCCAAACUCUUAAUAUAGCAACUCACCCCUAUAAAUUUCUACGUCCGUCUUUGAAUUCUAUCACAAUAUAUUGUAAAACAACAAAACAUACAAAGAUAAGCCAAUGGCAAGACUUAGCAUAUGUGUGUUUAUUUUGCUAUGCGCGUUUGCGGCUAAAACAGCCGCUCAAACAGCUUCUAACGUAAGAGCUACUUACCAUUACUACUAUCCCCAGCAAAACGGUUGGGACCUUUACAAAGUAAGUGCGUACUGCUCAACGUGGAAAGGAAACCAACCGCUCGAAUGGCGUAGGAAGUAUGGGUGGACAGCUUUUUGCGGUCCGGUCGGACCGCGUGGUCGUGAUUCUUGCGGAAGAUGCUUAAGAGUAACGAAUACUGCGACCGGGGCACAAGCUACUGUGAGAAUCGUGGAUCAAUGCAGUAACGGCGGUUUGGACUUAGACGAUGGCGUUUUCAAACAGCUUGACACCAACGGUCGGGGAUACGCUCGUGGGAACAUGAUUGUCAACUAUGCCUUUGUCAAUUGCUAAAAGGCUUUCAAGUUUCAUACAACAUUCACCGUCUGCAGCUUCUUAUCAUCAUCACCUUUCUUAUGUUGUAAGAUAAAACCAUAAUCUCUUUUAUAUGUUGUAAGAUAAAAUAAAUACCACGAGCUCACUCCUUCAUAGUAAAGAUAAAUCAUAAUUAUAUGUUUGUGUGUAACUUACUAAGAAAUAAAGUAAAAUAAAAUUAGAAAAUAUCCUGAAA